AUGGCGGCCAUGGAGGAGUUGGAGAUCCACAGCAAGUCCUACUUUGUUCGUUGGGUUAAUGUUAAACCUGGUCACACGAUCUCCUGGAGCAUUCAACCGCAUAGGAAGUCUCUCAACUUUGGAAUCUUCAAGCACCCGGGCCAUUCGGCCGUCCUGGGAUCCAACAAUUUGCCCCCUGCCGACUCGCACAGCACGGACUCGAAUGAAAACCUGCCAGCCACCGCUCUGAAUGCUAACUCCCGACAAAAUGCUUCCACGCCGAUCAUUGAACGACUAACGGGCAUCGGAUUAAAGCAAAUUCACUGGAUUGGCAAAUGCGAGGCUGACAAGAUUGUCAAGGGCACCUACGACGUGCCUGCGAAUGAGGGUGGAAAUUACGCGCUCGUUUUUGAUAAUACCUUUUCUAAACAGAUCUCCAAGACGGUGACUCUCGUGCUACUUACCUACCCAACAGCUUUGUCCCCACAGUCGGCACCAGUACCCCACGCAGCGAUUCUACCCUCUCGUGGAACCGACUCCUCAGAAUCUGGAAAGCCGCUGGCUUCGCGAAGACGAGGAAACAGCUCCGCGAAGAUUCUACCGCCAUCUAUCAACACUGACCCGGCCUCAGUUCACACCGGUAUAUUACAGAAGCGACGAAGGAAGCGUCACCAGGGCUGGGCGAGAAGAUUCUUUUCUCUGGAUUUCACAUCGUCUACAUUGUCUUAUUAUCACGAUCCGAACUCGUCCGCCUUACGCGGCUCCAUCCCCUUAACCUUAGCAGCCGUCGCGUGUAACGAGAACUCGCGCGAGAUUUCAAUUGACUCCGGCACUGAAGUUUGGCACCUUAGAGCCAGCAAUGACCAAGAAUUCAUCUCAUGGAAGCGGGCUCUGGAACGAGCAUCCUCCUCUAAGACCCCGGCGGUGGAAGAAAGCCAUCCCGAACCCCUGCUGCGCGUACCGUCACAGCGUGUUCUCACCAAUGCUGCGGAAGAGCGGGAAUGGGCGCAGGUUGAGAGCCUCGUGAGCAAGAUAUCUGGAUCCAGGGAUGCUGUACGCCGGUUGGCCAAAGACACCGACCCAAAAUACUUAAGCUACGGUGCUCCCGAGCGGCCUCGCGGUCGGUCACCAAGCCCACAUCCCGAGACAAAUGGCGAUGAGUCUCUCGAGACGCGUGAGAAGCGUCCCUUCUGGAAACGGAAGGCCAGUGGAAGUUCCCAACUGGGUGGAGUCAAACGCACGACGAUGACACCCUCCUCCACGCAAUUAGUGGUGCCAGGCCCCUCCGGAGACACUGCUUCGCUCUCAGGUGACCGUAAACCGAGCAGCAUCACCAGCCACCCAGACCAGAUGGAAGAGAUACAUGACCAUCUGAUGGCCGUGCUACGCGAUCUAGACAGUGCCGUUACCGAAUUCUCGACCUUGGUUGCGGAAAGCAAACAUCGACGUCAUCCACCCGGCCUGACAACUCAAUCGCGACUCAGCAUGGAAUCGGAUGUGUCUCAGGAGUUCUUCGAUGCUGUCGACGGGGGAAGUUCGUCUCCGCUGUUAAAGAUAAAGGGCGAUAGUGACGACGAAGGGGCAGAUGACUUUACUGAUACUACUGCCCGGCAGGCGGAGGAUAAAGUCGUGGUGGACGAUGCGCCGUCGGACAGUGACGAUGAAGUCUCUGAAACUCCCACGCCUCAGGGCGAUCGAUACGCCCCGCUGUUUCCUCCAAAACCCAAAUCACUCACUCCUUUGCCGCUCAACAAAGUUCCUCGUCGUUCGAACAUCCCCGCUCCGACAGUCAUGCCUCCCAGUUUGAUCGGGUUCCUCCGCAAGAAUGUCGGUAAAGACCUUUCCCAAAUCUCGAUGCCAGUGUCCUCUAACGAGCCGUUUUCCUUGUUACAACGUGCGGCCGAGGUGAUGGAAUAUUCCAUGCUUCUAGACCGUGCCGCCAGCGCUUCCGAUGCAGUCGAACGGCUUAUGUAUGUGACUGCCUACGCACUCUCAUCACUGUCCUGCAACCGGGUCAAGGAGCGGUCCAUUCGGAAGCCCUUCAACCCCAUGCUAGGAGAGACAUACGAGCUUGUCCGCGAAGAUCUCGGGUACCGAUUCAUUGCAGAGAAAGUUUCUCACCGGCCCGUGCAACUGGCCUACCAAGCUGACAGUAAGGAUUGGAGUGUUGCACAAUCACCCAUGCCAACGCAGAAGUUCUGGGGGAAAUCUGCAGAGAUUGUGACCGAAGGAAAGAUGAGGUUAACACUACAUACGACCGGUGAGCAUUUCAGUUGGUCCAAUGCCACAUCUUUCCUGCGCAACAUCAUUGCAGGUGAGAAAUAUUCUGAGCCUGUCGGCGAAAUGUCGGUUGUGAACGAGACGACUGGGCAGAAAACCGUGUCGGCCUUUAAGGCAGGAGGUAUGUUCUCCGGCCGCAGCGAGGAGGUCGUCACGAAAGCACUGGACUCUAGCGGUCGUGAACUGCCUCUCGGGCUAACGGGUACCUGGACCACCUCACUCCAGAUGACUAAGAAUGGCUCUGCCACAGCACCUGUGUGGAAUGCCGGGCCGUUGGUAUCCAACGCACCGAAGCACUACGGCCUCACUGUGUUCGCAGCCACCCUCAAUGAGAUCACCCCGAUCGAAGAUCACAAGCUUCCACCGACGGACUCGCGCCUCCGCCCCGACCAACGGGCCUUGGAAGAUGGCGACGUUGACCGGGCAGAGGAAGUUAAGGUCAAGCUGGAAGAAUCUCAACGUGCCCGCCGCCGCGAGAUGGAAUCAGCAAGUCAAACGUGGAAUCCAAGGUGGUUUACCCGAGUGGACGAUGAUCUUGCCGGAAAUGAAGGCGAGGUCGUGUGGCGUCUAAAGUCGGGUAAAGAGGGAUAUUGGGAAGAGCGGUCGAAAGGGACUUGGACCGGUGUGGUUCCAGUGUUUGAAACGUAA